GAUAUCAAUUCAAGCCACAAGAACCCGCUUGUCCCGGUUCAUUCGUCAUUUUAUCAGUUUGUUUCGCUCUGUGUUGUUGAAACGUCAAAGUCCAAGUCGCCGCAACGAGCAUGAACUGUCAGCUGUCUCUGCUCCGAAUACUAGACAGUAAUCCGAACAUAUGCCUUCGAAAUUUCAACUGCGUCCUACUAUCGGAAGAAUGACUGUUUUCUAUAUUUCUGCAUGCUGUCUGACUCUGUUCGCAGUGGUGUUCAGCUACAUGCACUUGGCACAUACCCUGAAAAGCACAGGAGAACAAUUUGCAGUUCCUGCUGAUACCCAUAAUGAACAGGUUGCAGUUGACACAGGGGGUGCAAAAGACACAAUUUUAGCCCAAAUGGAGAGGAAACUGAAGGGCUUAGAGACGCGCAUCCAGAAGCUCGAAAAAAAUGCUCCAAAGUCCUACCCUGCAGUUAGGCAGCUAGAUCAUCACGAAAAAAAGCGUUUCCUGGUCACUGGAGGUGCUGGCUUUGUCGGCAGCCAUUUAGUAGAUGUACUCAUGAGGCAGGGCCAUCAAGUCACAGUAGCAGACAACUUCUUCACGGGAAGCAAGCGUAACAUUGAACACUGGGUUGGUCACGAAAACUUUGAGUUGAUUCACCACGACAUUGUCAACCCACUGUACAUUGAAGUUGACUACAUCUACAGUUUAGCAUCACCAGCAUCACCCCCGCAUUAUAUGCUCAAUCCUGUGAAGACGAUCAAAACAAACACUUUAGGCACCAUCAACAUGUUGGGAUUGGCUCGGCGAGUAGGUGCUAGAAUUUUGGUGACAUCAACUUCCGAAGUCUACGGUGAUCCCGAGGUUCACCCUCAAUCGGAAGAUUACUGGGGGCAUGUGAAUCCCAUAGGUCCUCGAUCCUGCUACGACGAAGGGAAACGCGUAGCUGAAGCCCUUUGCUAUGCAUAUGCUAAGCAGGAACAUUUGGACGUCCGUGUUGCUCGGGUCUUCAACACGUACGGUCCACGAAUGCACAUGGAUGACGGUAGAGUGGUCAGCAACUUUAUCAUGCAAGCGCUACAGAACAAGCCUAUAACUAUCUACGGCACCGGAAAGCAGACACGUUCCUUUCAGUACGUCAGUGACCUCGUCAACGGCUUGCUCAGCCUCAUGAACUCAAACUACUCGCGACCGGUAAACUUGGGCAACCCCGAUGAGUACAGCAUUGAGGAAUUUGCCAGCAUUAUUAAGAAGCUAGUUGGUGGCACCAGUGAAAUUGUGUACGUCAACGAAGUAGUGGACGACCCGCAGAAGAGAAAACCCGACAUAAGCCGAGCAAAGAAGUACCUAAAUUGGGAACCAAAGGUGGCACUACUGGACGGUUUGAAGAAGACAGUUGAAUAUUUUAGGAAAGAGUUGGAGAGGGACAAAAAAGGUGCGGUGUUGUCACAUGUUUGAGUGCCUACAAAUGAUCGUGCAAGGUGGUCUACAAGACUAUAUUCAGUAUACUCAGUGAACAAAAGCGACUCUCGUGAGAGUGAACUGAGGGUGUGUACCUGUGACACACCCUUCUAGUCAAGUUGGGUUAAAAGGUACUCUUGCAGAUGAUUUAUGCCUCAACAUUACUCCGGGAACUGUGGUUGGGGCACUGUGACAAACUGCCAUCUGUACUCAUUAAGUUUUCGUCAGUCAUCGCUGGCUACUUUGUGUUAGGCUUAUUUUUGUCCUGGUUACUCCCAGGCUUGUGUGGAUGUACGGCGUGGACAUAUGUAAGACUAAAGUGUGGAUCAACGUAUUCUAUUCGAAUGUUGCA